UAAAACCUUCUUCUCAGUACCCUAUCUAUCUUCGUCUUCUUUCCUCAAUUUCGCCAUGGGCAUUAAGGGUUUAACGAAGCUGCUGGCUGACAACGCCCCAAAGGCCAUGAAGGAGCAAAAAUUCGAGAGCUAUUUCGGUCGCAAGAUUGCCAUCGACGCUAGCAUGAGCAUCUACCAGUUCCUUAUUGUGGUGGGAAGAACUGGAACUGAAACUCUUACCAAUGAGGCUGGCGAGGUUACCAGUCAUUUGCAAGGAAUGUUCACACGCACAAUAAGAUUACUAGAGGCUGGAAUGAAGCCAGCAUUUGUCUUUGAUGGUCAGCCACCUGACCUGAAGAAACAAGAGCUUGCAAAGAGGUACACAAGGAGAGAGGACGCGACCAAAGACCUAAAUGCAGCAAUUGAGACCGGAGAUAAGGUGGAAAUUGAGAAAUUCAGCAAAAGAACUGUAAAGGUGACCAAGCAACAUAAUGAGGAUUGCAAAAAACUUCUGAGACUGAUGGGUGUCCCUGUGAUUGAGGCGCCAAGCGAAGCAGAAGCAGAAUGUGCAUCACUUUGCAAAAAUGGCAAGGUGUAUGCUGUUGCUUCAGAAGAUAUGGAUUCAUUAACCUUUGGAGCCCCAAGGUUUCUUCGCCAUCUAAUGGAUCCAAGCUCCAAAAAGAUUCCUGUAAUGGAAUUUGAAGUUGCUAAGGUUCUGGCAGAGCUAGAACUGACCAUGGAUCAAUUCAUUGACUUGUGUAUUCUUUGUGGGUGUGACUACUGUGAUAGUAUCAAAGGUAUUGGGGGGCAAACAGCCUUAAAAUUGAUCCGUCAACAUGGUACAAUAGAGACCAUAUUGGAGAAUAUAAACAGGGAUAGGUAUCAGAUACCUGAGGAUUGGCCAUACCAAGAAGCUCGACGCCUGUUUAAAGAGCCUCUUGUCACUAAUGACUCAGAAGAGCUUAAGUGGACUCCUCCAGAGGAGGAGGGUCUCGUGAACUUUCUGGUGAAUGAAAACGGUUUCAACAACGAUCGAGUAGUAAAGUCGAUAGAGAAAAUUAAAGCAGCAAAGAAUAAGUCUUCCCAGGGCCGAUUGGAAUCUUUUUUCAAGCCAGUUGUGGGUACAUCUGUACCUGUUAAGCGCAAGGAGUCUCAAGACAAGACGGCAAAGGAGCCUGCUAACAAGAAGGCUAAGGCUGGUGGUAGAAAGAAGAAAUAGUCCAAAAAUGCCUUCAAAUUAUGAACCUUGAAUUAACUUGGAGACGACGAGUGUUGCUGCAGAGUACAAAAGUGUAUGAGGUGGUUUUCGGUUUUCCCCUUUGCUUGUCUAACAGCGCGAUCUGAUAUAUCCUUGUACCUUUUGCUUGCCAAUGCCACAGACUUGACUAAAAUUAUCAGACUCUGCUGCAGUUAAAUCUACAUGUAAUUGUCCAUAACGAUGUGCAAGUUACAUGAAGUCUGUUGCUGGUUCAUGGUAAUUUAUCCACGAAGUAUUCUGGUUGAGCAAGUCA